UAGCCCUACCUUCCGCAAACUGAGCAACAUGGAGGCGGAUAAGUUGCCGGAAAUUCACGGUCUUUCUGAGGUGGUUGAACCGCACUUUUCAGGGGCCCGUCUAACUAAAUAUCGAACGAGCAUGGUGACGCAACCGGGUGAGAACUACGGAAGCGUUCUCUUGGCGAUUCAUGCCCAGCUGCAGCGAUUGGACGGGGAGCUAUUUGAGGAGCAGCUGGUGGCCAAAAUUCCACCGACGGACCCCAAGUACUGGCAGUUCUUUCAGCCCGAGCGGACCUGCCUCACUGAGAAUGCCGUCUACAAGGUUUUGGCCCCGGCUCUGACCAGUCUUUAAGAUGAAGUUGGUAUCCCCACGGAGAAGCAGUUCAAGGGGUUUUCCCGCUAUUACGGCUCACGCGUAUCCCUCGAUUCUAACUCCUCCAAGGUGGAUCAGAACGCCGUGCUGGUGUUGGAGAACUUGCGGAGCAGCGGCUACGUUUCCGGCCAGAGGCUGAGAUCCUACGACCUGCCCCAUACGCUGCUGGCCAUAAGAUAUAUGGCCGAGUUCCAUGCCCUUCCCCUGGCUCUGCGACUACUCAGGCCCAAAUUGUUUCGGGAAGAGGUUUUACCCUUUUUCCAGAAGUUCGACUGGCAUGCAGCAGCGCCCGAGUGGAAAACUGUGAUGAAGGCAGAGACCCUGGAGGACAUUCGACGAGUCACCAACAACGAUUUUAAACUGGUGGCCCGCGUGAAGGAGUUAUCGGACAAGUUUUUUGAGUUCUUGGCCGCCGACGCGGAUAAACCCGAUGGGCCAUUCACUAGCAUAAUACACUGCGACUUCUGGAUAAACAAUCUCAUGUUUCUCUACGACCCCGCAGGAACACCCAUCGGUCUAAAAAUUAUAGACUUCCAAACGGCGCAGUACGAUUCCGUGGUGCAUGACAUAAUCUCGUUUCUGUUAUCAAGCGUUGAUACGGCUAUCUUGGAGACACAUUUCGAACACAUGUUGGAAGCCUACUACGAGGCUUUUGUGUGUAGUCUGCGCCGUGUGGGAGCUGAUUUGGAGGAUCACACCUUCAAGAAGUUCCGGGAGGAGGUGAAGCGGGUCGCGUACAUACAGGUUCCCCACGCCAUUUUUAUGACUCGCUUUAUUUUGGCCGACAGCGCCGUCAGCGAGGCAGAGGAAUUCCGCCAGCUCUCGGAUGUGCUGAAGAACCCCGGAUCAGAGCGAAUAGGCCGCAAACUAGGCCAAAUUUUAUACUUGGCCCAAAAGUUUGACAUAUUAUACUGAGGCCAAUAAAUUGAUCCGUUAAUGCAAA